AUGAACGGAAUUGAAUUGCUUGCAUUCAUUCUAACCUCUAUUCGCGAUGAAACUCCGGUCACGACCGACGAACCGACGCAAGAAUGGAAGAAGCACCAACAGCGUCUCAUGGCGGUAUUUCCUAGAGACAUGCAUAUCAUCAGACCAUACGUGCAGUGCUAUCGACUUAAGACUCUCCUGGAAGAACCAACUGGAAUCCGAUGCCCUAGGGAAGAAUGCCAUACCCUGUAUAAUCAUCUCCUGUAUCGAUACAACUACAAAUUAGAGGCGCCUAGGGCACCAGUUUUGGACUUCUGGUCUCCUCGCCCGGUCGCCCUCUUGGCGCUCCACCCGGAGCAGAUCUGGUUGGUCUUUGCUAGGCUGCCACGCCAAGCUCUGCAACCAGAUCAGAAACUUCUUAAAUGGGACGAUGAUGAGGAAGAGCAGGACGAAUGGAAACUCCGUUCGUCGGAGUCAUUCGGACAUCAGGACCAGGAAUGGAAAUCUUGCUCCCCGGAGACAUUCUAA